AUGACCACAAGAAUAAUGGAAAUUUCCCAAGCUAAAUUUUGGUUUACUCUAAUGUUUUUUCUUGCAAUUGAUGUUGUAGCUGGUGAAAUUAUUUUGCGCAUAGAUCCUUUGGCCCUUUUGUCAGCAACACUGCGCACAUAUCAAAAAGCUGCCUGUGACACAGAUCAAGUUGUAAUUACAUGUCCACGUGGCACAAGUAUAUCCAUUGAAUUUGCACAGUACAAUAAAUUUAUAGCCAAAGAUGGCAUAAGUAUUGAGGAAUUAUGUCCUGCUAACGGUGAUGGAAUUGAAAAUCGUACUAAAGCUAAACACUUACUACGUGGCUCAACGUUCGGUUCACCCACACAGAAAGUACCCGCAAAUCGUUAUGUAAAUGGUGCACAUUUAUCUGAAGUGGCGAGUCUGAGUGCUGCCUCAGCAGCGGAUGCGGCAACAACCACCAGCACGGCUGACAAUGAUGAUAAUACACCAGAGAACUGCAUGUGGCCAAAUGCAUUGCAGUAUUCGUUGCUGCAAACAGUUGUCGAAGCAUGCCAAAAAAAGAAACAUUGCAAAUUUAAUGGCCGCCCACAAUUCUAUGGACCGGGUGCCAGUGGCGUAGGAGAUGCAAGUGGUUCAAGUAGUUAUCACAGCGGCAGUACAAUUAGUUCAAGUAUCAUCAGCUCAGAUCCCUGUCCAAAGAGAAGAAAAAUUGUUGAAGUUGCAUAUAAAUGCCGUCCAUAUGAAUUUCGCAGCAAGGUGGCCUGCCACAAUGAUGUUGCACAGCUGGAGUGUAAUCCAUAUUCUCGUAUUGCUGUCUACAGUGCAAGUUUUGGACGAACCGAAUACGAAAGCAUACAGUGUCCCCAGCCACAGGGUGUACGUGAAGAAACUUGUUUGGCUUCGUAUGCCACUGAAACCGUUAUGCAAAUCUGUCAUGGACGUCGACGUUGCAAUCUGGCCGCAGAUGCCAAUACGUUCGGUUCACCAUGUCAACCCAAUUCACGGAUGUAUCUGAAAGUUGUUUACACUUGUGUACCCAAACAAGUGCUUAUGGAUCGCUACGAAACAGAAGUUGAAGCUGAUGAACCAGAAGACUUUGAGGGUGAUGUUAAUGAUUUGUACGAUGAUGAAUUGUUCUACAAGGAAUCUGAAGCAAUACCAAAGUUGUACAGCAACACAACUGUGCCGGCUGCUCGCAACAAUGCGAGCACAACAAUAGCUGCUAAUACAACAUAUAAUACUGCCACAAGUGCUAAUAGAGCCAGUAAUGGUUCGUUGGGUUUUGAGGGUGAUAUUGGUGGAGUAAAUCCCGUCAUGACACACAGCGCCGAUAUAAGUUUAGAAGGCGACCAAGAACGUUUGUUCGUCUAUCUUCUGACGGCGGGUUCAGUCGGAGUUAUACUCUGCAUAGUUGCUGUUGCGGUCAGAGUGGUGCUGCUGAAGCGUCACGAGAGCGUAACUGACACCCAUUCAACCUCGUCCGGCAAAGGAGGUGUUGGUGGUACUAUAAGCGGUGGACCAGGAGGCGGCGAAGGAGUCAGUGAGACUACAAUACCAAACGGCUUUAAUGACACAAUUUCCGAAGUCGAUGCUGACAUCGAUUUACAAACGCCAAUUCCAGUGCCAAGUGUGUCAAAGAACGAGAAUUACAUGACUUAUGCACCAACUUCGAAUCUCUACGGUACUUUGGGUCCUUCAAAUGGUUUAAUGUCCCAAAGCAGUACGGCGGGAUCUGUAUCAUCGAGUCUAAUGAGCAAUACAACGAUUUUGUGUGGUCCUAGACAAUCACCGGAUAUUUUGGGAAUGUCAUCCCAAGUAUACGCCACAACAAAUGGCUCAAAUACGGGGUCACCUGCAAUUGGUGGAAUUUUAGCACCAGCAAUUGUACUCGGUAGUACUGGUGGCUCAAUUGUUAGUUCAGGUAGUAAUGUUAUCGGUACUAUGGUUCCCAUUUCAUCGUUGGCACAAUACACAACAGCGCCAACUUUUCGUUCCGGCUAUAUACUGAAUAGUGAAAAUGUACUGCAAAGGCCGCCCAACAUGGGCACACCACCAACGUCAAUGGCGAGCAAUGAAACAUACCUGUGCCAACAAUACCAGCAGCAGCAACAACAACAACAGCCAACGAUAUCAAUGCAAACAACUAGCAAUAGUGGUUUAACGCCAACGACUGCCACACUCAGACGUAUGAAACAGGCAAAUGCUGCGGCUGUUUCUACUGCAUCUCCUCCACCACCUUCGUCCGCUCAACACCACCACCAACAGCAGCAACAAUCGAUGGCAGCAGGUUCAACGUCAACCUACGAUGGUCUGGCACCACGUACUUUAUCCACUGGGGUGGCUGUUAACUCGCAAUUCUAUUACGGAUGACAAAAUGUACAAGAAAACCAAAAUGAGCACAAUACAACAAUGUACACAGCUGCUGCCGCACCAAAGACAGCAUCAUCACCGUCUUUACAACAUCAACAAAAAACACAGCAACCCAGUAAUUGUUCUCGAACUAAAACUUCAGAGCCACUUAAA